GACAAGGUGCUCGCGAGUCAGCGCCACCAGCCAGCUGUGAUGCAACCGGUAAGUGUGCAGUCAUGCAACGACCCUGGAAACUCUCGUCUACACUGAUCAGUCCACGGGUUGAUGAUUUGGCAAUGAUCGACUUCUCCAAACCGUCUAAUGAUAAGCCAUAAGCUGCCAUCAGUUCAUAGCGCUCCACGGCCUUUUGACUUGGAGCUGGAAAGCGUACAAGAAUUCUUACCCGCACGUAAGGCUUCCGCAACCUUCAGCGAACAUCGCUCAAUUUGAGAGUUCUCCGGCCACGAUGCAGACCCCUAGAUCUACCGUUGGUCGUGUCGACAAGGCGCCCAAGGAAGUUAAUGUGAUUGUAAGCGGUGGUGGGCCCUGGGGCCCCGGCACUCCAUGGCCUCCAAUACCCAUCAAUUCGUCCUGGCUCAUAGCUGAUGCCCUGCCUCGAGUCAUCUUUCGCAACGGCGAACGACCCAAUAUACGGAUAGUUCUAUAUCCAGAGCCUGUCCCGUCUUCUUGGCACGCUAUUCGUCAGGCGCUACCUCAGUUCUGGAGCGGCGACAAGCACUUCUUCCACCUGCACCACGAUCCCGACACACCUUCGCAUUUCCCUGUGACAGCUGUUUUGCAUAUGGGCAUGCUUGAUAAGCCCAAUGAGGCUUUCCGGCUUGAACAGAAUGCGUUCAAGCUGGGCUAUGAACUUCCAGACGUAGAUGGCAAGCGUCCUGAUGAAGACGACUUGACCGGUGGCGGCACUUGGACUGACAUACCAGAUCAGCUGUCUACAGAGCUAGACAUAGGCUCCAUCAUCACAAAAGUGAAGUCAACAUAUAAAGACGCCGCCAUUCGCAUCUCCUACGAUCCUGCUCGUUUUCUUUGCGCAUAUGAGUACUACACUUCGCUCGCAGCGGUAUACAAGCGCAGCGAGAAGCGAAGAGUACUUUUCAUGCACACUCCGAUAGAGCAUGAGAGCGAAAACAUUCAGUACGGCGUUCAGAUUGUUACGAAAGUCAUUGAAUCCAUGGUGGAGGAAUUGGAAAGCUCAGAGACAGCAUCAGAACAUCAAGCCUAGGUGUCUAGAAUGCAAGUCCUUUUCAACUAAUCCGGUCAUUCGGUGCUACCUAUCCGUGUAGAACCAUUUCCUCGUCGCAUAUACCAGCUUAAGUCCGCACGCUUAAGAAGUGAAAGUGAAAGCAGACCCUUAGUUCAUGCAUACCCAUCGACCAACGAAGAUGAUGAGGUUCGUGGGGAUAGCUGCAACCGGCGUGAAUGACGAUCGAUGAGUUGUUGAGUGUUUGUGCUACUGAGGGUUCCAGGAGUGUUGGUAUAUGGUUUUGGGAAGGUAUGGCUUACCCUGCAUCUACACUUAUCGAUUUAUAUCUAUAUAUCCAAC